GUAUGGGUGAGAAAGAAGAAAAAGAGCAAGAUGAGCUCUUUGUGAGUCGAGCAAGAGGUCAUCAGUAUGUCAAGCAAAGCAAGCACACAGCUAGUGAAGAAAUGUCAGAGAGGGACUUCAGUGUUCUUAAAACGGUUGUCUCAAAGUGGUAUAAGGAAAAUGGAUGUCUUACUAUGUUGAAAGUGUUGUUCAAAGAUAUGGUGGACAAUGUAAAACUAGCAGAAAUAACUGACACGAUAGACUUGAUGAAUGAAUUGGUGAUACAGGGCAAGAUGAGUGCAAAGGACCCUACUCUACUGUAUGAUACCAUCAUAAUAACUGGACAUAUUGCUCUUCAAACAAAGAUUAAGGAAAAACUACCAUCAUUACCAGAUGUAGAAGGAGGAACCAUUUCAACAAUUUUCACAGAUCAUCGACAAAAGCUGAUGAAAUUAGGGAAGAAUUUGACACAAGAUCAUGUGACGGAGAUCGAUGGAUUAUGCAAUAUACCUCGUAAGACAUACAAAGACAGUUGGAGUAUGAUCACUGAUCUAGAAGACAGACUGAAAAUCAGCGAAGAAAAUAUGAAAGAUUUCAUCGAGUCGUUGAAAAUUCUUGAACUUCCUCUUGCAUUGAAAGCACUAACAGAAGAUAUUAACUAAAAGAGAAUAGAUCAUUAUCCUAUCUUCCUUUUAUACAAAUGAAGACUACAGUAUAUAAUUCAUAUCAACAGGUGAACCCAGUCCUAGAGUUUAGAUGUAACAAACCUCCAUGAAUGCAGGUAAUGGGUCCGACUAAUUACCGAAAUGAUAGGGAAUUACCCAAAUGAUACCUUUUUGUUUUGUUUUUUACCCAUUCUCAAAUCAUGAUACAAAAUGAUAUAGUUCAUUCAUCUCACUUCUCAUAACGCUCACUUGUUAUAAUACUGAUUUUAUUUUAAAUGCUUAACAUAUUUAU